GUUAGGUUGAAAGUUGAGAGUUUAUCUGGUUGUCAUGCGAGAUGAAAUUAGUUUGAAUUGUUUCUCGAGUAUAAAAAGUUAUCGUGAAAUUUGAUACUGAGUUGAGCGUUCUGUGAAAUAUUUUCAGUUGUUCUCUUAUACUUGAACUCGCACUCAUCUAGAGAUGGAUAAACGUAUAACUUUCGGAAUUCUUACAGUUAGCGAUUCCUGCUCCAACGGAACAAGCCAAGACCUCUCAGGACCGGGCUUAUGUCAAGAAGUCGAACAGUGCUUCAUAAAUUCCAAGAUCCUAUUUCAGGAUGUCAUACCAGACGAUCAGAAACAAAUUGAAGAAACACUUCUCUCUUGGUCUUUAAAAGGAUGCAACGUAGUCUUAACCACCGGCGGUACUGGAUGUUCGCCAAGAGAUGUUACACCGGAAGCUACCAGAGCGGUCAUCGAUAAAGAACUACCCGGUAUGUCCCAAGUGAUGAUGAAUAAAAGUUACUCAGUAACAGAAAUGGCGAUGCUAUCACGGGCUGUCUGUGGGAUAAAAAUGAAGACGUUGAUUAUCAAUCUGCCAGGAAGUUCUAAGGGAUCUAAGGAGUGUUUCCAAUUUGUUUUGAACGCCAUUCCUCACGCCGUCGCUCUGAUCAAUGACGACAUCGAAAGUGUUGUUACGACUCACAGGUAUAUCACAGCAGGAGAUGUUGGAGGCUUUGGCGAGCCCAGCAAGGUAAAAGUAGGCAGAGCAGCUUGCAGAGACAGGGAAUCUCCGUACGUGAUGAAGAAGGUGGUCGAAGCAUUAGAGAUUAUUUUUCAUGAGUGUGGACGGACCACCGAUUCAGAGGUGAUUCGUAUUGAGAACUCCUUGAAUAGGGUUCUGGCUGAAGAUGUUCACGCAAAGGAUCCCGUCCCUCCUUUCAGAGCUUCCAUGAAGGAUGGAUAUGCCGUGCGAGCAAAAGCUGGAUCUGGCCCAAGGAAAGUACGGGCGUGCAUCGUAGCUGGUGACAAGCCCGAAAAUAAAUCUUUGAAUUAUGAUGAGGCAAUCAGAGUGAGUACUGGAGCUCCUUUACCAGAUGGUACUGAUGCUGUUGUUCAAGUUGAGGAUACCCAAAUUAUUGAGGUAACUGCCGAUGGUAACGAAGAAGCGAAAAUUAAUAUUCUAGUUACGCCAUCGGUUGGACAGGAUAUCAGAGAAGUUGGAAGCGAUAUUGCUGCGAAUUCGAAAGUCCUGAAUAAAAUGGAUGUCAUCUCAGCAGGACAUAUUGGAGUGUUAGCCACAGUUGGCCACUCUAAGGUGAAGGUAUUCAGGCGUAGCUCCAUUGGCGUUUUAUCGACUGGAAAUGAGCUGAUUUCUCACAAGGACACCGUAGCACCUGGUCAGAUUCGAGACAGUAAUAAACUAGCGAUCAUAAAUUUGUUGCAGCAACAUUCCUACGAAGCAUUUGAUUGUGGCAUAGCAAGAGACGAUCCUAACUCGGUGAAAGCCGCACUGUAUAAGGCUUUUUCUCGCAAUGAUAUUUUGAUUACGACAGGAGGAGUUUCCAUGGGUGAAUUUGACUUAAUCAAGAAAGUGCUGGUAGCUGAUUUCAGCGCCCUAAUUCACUUCGGCAGAGUGGACAUGAAACCAGGGAAGCCAACCACCUUUGCUACAUUACAUUUCAGAGGCCAAAGGAAAAUUGUUUUCGGUCUGCCAGGUAAUCCAGUAUCUGCAUGUGUCACAACACUGUUAUUCGUGAUACCUUGCCUGAAGUACAUGGAAAGAAGGGAAAACUAUAUGUUUCCAGUAGUGCAUUCUUCUGUGGUUCCUCUCGUGACAAACAACGAUGAAAGACCUUCUUACCUCAGAGCUCAAGUGAGAUUUUCUGAUGGGGCCUUCACAGCGACAACAACUGGGAAUCAAGUGAGCAGUAGAAUAAACAGCUUAGUCAACGCCAACGCUCUCGUUGUUAUACCAGGCAAUUAUAAAAACUACACUCCAUUGGAAACGUUCCACACAAUCUUAAUAGGAGAUCUGGCCAAUUAAGAACUUUCAGUUUAUACUUG